AUGGCGCUCCUGGAGAGUCGCAGCGAAGAGUCCCUGAAGCUGACGGCACACCCAGAAGGCUUCGGCAACCUGCUGAAGCUCACGGAGGGCAUCGGCUUUCGGGCCACGAUCUUCAACCUCUCCAAUACGAUCAUUGGUGGAGGGAUCUUGGGCUUGCCCUUCGCAAUGGCCAAGCUCGGGCUGGUGAUGGGCAGUCUUCUGCUGAUAGCCAUGGCCGCAUUAGGCAUCGUCUCCGCGUGGAUGCUUCUGAUCGCAAUGGAAGAGGUGCGGCAAAAGUCAUAUGCAGAGGUCGGAAACGUCCUCUUCGGGCAGGCAGCGGCAGUCUGCAUUGAUUCGACCAUUGCUCUGUAUAACAUCGGAGUUUUGGUGUCUUAUGUUAUGAUUUUGGGGGACAUAUUGCCAGCUUUCAUGCACUUCAUUGGUGCUCCUGCCGUCCUCCAGCAGCGAACCGUUCUUCUCGUCGCCUGCGGAAUUUUCGUACUGUGGCCUCUGAGCUCCAUGCCCAGCAUGGGACACUUAAGGCAUGCGUCUCUUGUCUGCCUCUUGAUGAUCGCGCUCCUCACAGUCUCGCUCGUGGCACUUGGGGAGCAGACUCACGAGAUGCAGGCGCCUGAGCAGCUCAGGUAUGGUUGUGAAAGCACCACGGGUUUCAUGACGCAGCUCCCGGUCCUAAUAUUUGCUUAUACCUGUAACAUGAAUGUGCCCAUCUUUUAUAGCGAGCUGCGUGCGCAGAAACAUGAGCAUAUCGACAGCAAGUUCAAUACCAAACGGGAGAAGAUGAUGUGGGCCACCUACUGGAGUUUCGGCCUCUGCUUUCUGGCGUAUUCCCUCGUUGCGCUCUAUGGAUAUGGAGCCUUCAGAGGUCAAACAAAGCCAGACAUCCUGACGAAUCUGCAAAGUUGGAAUUUUCCGUUAGCCCCCUAUGUGAAGGCGGCAUACUCACUGGUUAUGUUCACUUCUUACCCUGUGAUGGCCUUCAGCUGCGUUGCUUCCAUCUACCGAUUGUUCUGGGAAUUCUGGUCGUUCUUCAAGCCCGAGGAUGAAGUCUACGCCCGCUUCGAGGCCAGCAGCCCCUCUGCUGCCUUUGACGAGGAGACCUCACCCAAGGUAUUUUCCACCCCGUACCAGUGGCCCCAGGAGUCCAACCUCCGGGAGGCUUCAGACUUCCAGCCCAAGGCUCAUCGGAGUCCACCCCCCGAGCCGAGCGCCGUCGUGCGCCAGACUCUAGUGAUUGCCAUCGUCGUGAGCACGGUCUCUGCCGGGAUCAUCUUGCCAGACCUCUCGGUUGUCUUCGGUCUCACAGGAGGCUUCUGCGGAGGCCUGGUCAGCUACUGCUAUCCUGGGGCUUUCUACGUGCGUGUGGCGACGAAGAAGAGCGAGCGCCUGCCAUGCGGGGCCUGGUUGGGUCACAUUGUGCUCUAUUUCGGGCUGCUCGCCGGCGUGGCUCAGUCACGACUCCGAAAACUGGAGCAACAGACCGGGUCUCAAAUCGAAGUUCACGUGUUGGGAGGCCGAACAUCUGGAGUGCACCAGAUGACUAUUGCCGGUACAAGGUCUGGGAAUGCCUUGGCCAUCCUGCACCUGCAGGAGAUGUUCGCGGAGCACCUAAAGCCGGGCGGAAGCGCUGCUGCCCGCAUGGCCCGCGAGCGAGCCGAGCGUGCCGAGAGAGGCGAACGCCUGGAGCCCGCAGAGCCCAAGCCGCUGCCGAAUCAAAAGUUGGCGCCGAAGUCGGUGCCGAAGCCCGCUUCAAAGCCAGCGGCAAAGCCAAAACCGAAGCUGCGGCCAGCUUCCGUGGGGCGCCCACAGGCGCCGGCUCGGGAGCCUGGAGACGGUCCGCGAAUCUUUCGGAGUGCAAGCGUCGGACGAAGCGCGGGACAACAAGCUGCAAAAGGGAAAGGAAAAGCCAGAGUGGGCAAAGGUUCUGCAGUUGUUCGUCGGCAGUGA